AUGCAGCUCAUGGAGGAAAGCGAUGAGCUCGCGGAGGAGCUCAUGGAGACCGUGGCCUCGCCUGAGAGCGCAAACAGUGCAGCUCACGGAGCGCAUGAGCUCGUGGAGGAGCACAUGGAGACCAAGGUGGCGGGCCCCGUGGUGCUGGGCCCCAUCCCGCCCUUCCCAAUGUUCGGGGUCAUGGACUCCGUGGGAGAGAAGGAUGCGGUGAAGUUCGCGGCCUACUUCAGCACUGGGGAUGGGGCUCAGGCCAGUUUCGACCUCGAGGGCAGGCGGCUCGAGCGCGACGUGUUGCUGCUGGGGGGCGAGCGCGCGCGCUGGGCCGACGCGGAGGACCCGCUCGACGUGCCGAGGGGGCCAGCCAUGGCCAAGGGUGAGGACUGGGCCGGCCUGGAGUACAGGCUGGGCGCCAGCGCCCUCGGGGCGCUGGGCAGGGCAUGCGACGCCGCCCUGAAGGGCAUGAAGAAGGGCGAAGAGGCCCUGUUGAGGUGUACCAAAGAUUAUUCAUGUGAAGAUUGGUCCGAUGGCGUGGAGGUGACCAUCAAGUUGCGGGAGAUUUGCGAGACGCGCGACAUCUCCUUCAGGAAAGACGGUACCGUCCUCAAGAAGCGAACUCGAGAAGGCGAGGGUCAUUCCACACCGACGGAGGCUUCGAAGGUGACACUUAGUGUGGACGACGCGCGGCAAGCUGACGCGCUGAUCCCGGGCUUUGUGAGCCAGGUGCUGGAGUUCACCCUCGGCAACGGGGAGGUGUGCGACGCGCUCGAGUGCGCGGCCGCGCACAUGAAGAGGCUCGAGCGGGCGACGCUGACCGUGGCGCGCCCAGCGCUGGCCGCGGAGGCGAACCUGGGCCUGAGGGACGUUGGCGCGGGUGGCGAGUCGAUCGUCCUCAAGCUCGAGAUGAAGGAGUUCGAGAAUGGUAAGGACCCCCGUUGUUGUGCUACCCAAUGAAUUGUCUGCUGUCUCCAGGGCUUACGGGACAACAUGUCUUUGCGUCAAAAUUUGGGUCCCCACCUGAAAUUCUCGCACUCGUCCGGUCGAACCACAUUUCGCUCAAAAGUAAGGGGUUCGACUUUGAGGGCCCCCUGGCACAUUCUACUGUCCCAGAUUAACUCGUCUCACUCG